AUGGCAGCUGUCAUUAGGGAACGCAUUACGGAGGAGGUGAAGUCGGCCAGCUUCGUUGCGAUACAAGCUGACGAAACAACGGACGUCUCGACCCAGACUCAGAUGGUCAUGGUAUUGCGAUACAUUGAUGGGAGCCAUGCUGUUCAAGAGCGUUUUUUUGAGUUUGUCCCCCUCUCGUCUUCAACGGCUGACUCGAUUGCCACUGCUAUUAUGGAGAGACUGAACAGUCUAUUCACCGAGGAAGAGAGGGGUAAACUCAUCGCGCAAGCAUAUGACGGGGCCAAUGUGAUGAGAGGAGAGAAGGCUGGUGUGCAGCAAAAAGUGCGAGAGCAUUACAAAAAUGCACAUUAUUUACAUUGCUAUGCACACCAGCUGAAUUUGAUCAUGCAGCAAGCCACUUCUCAGGUCCCAGCAGUGAGGGUUUUUUUCUCGGAUCUGAAUGGCAUUUCUAGCUUUUUUAGUCGGUCACCCAAACGCACCACCAUCCUCGACCAGGUUGUUGCACGGAGGCUGCCAAGAGCAUCGGCCACAAGAUGGAACUUCAACAGCAGGGUCGUGAACACAGUCUAUGAGAACCUAAAUGACCUCAUAGAGUGUUUUGAAGCCAUCAGCACAGACGGCUCAUUUGACUGCACCACAGUGAGGGAGGCAUCUGGCUACCUGAGGAUGCUGCAGGACGAUGACUUCAAGUUUUUCCUGCAUCUAUUUCAUCAAAUCAUGCCUCACGUUGACAUUAUGUACCAACAGCUGCAGAAGAAGGACAUUGAUGCAGUCUUCAUCAAACGUGCUCUGCAGAGCUUCACAAGCAGUGUUCAAGCCAUACGGGACCAGAGCUCAUCUCCAAUUUACCUGUUUGAGCAGUACUGCCAUGUGUUCCCUGAUGAGGCUCUGAACACCACUGCCAAGGCAUACCCCAUGCUGAAUAAGGCGAAGCUCAAUACUGAACUGUCCCUUAUCUACGAGAGUCCAGAUUUCAAGGGCUGCAGUGGUGCAUUGGCACUCUACCAGGUUCUACAGAGGAACAACCUCCACGAGACCCUAUCUGAGACUGUGGCUCUGUUGAACAUCCUCAUAACCACUCCCAUGACAACUGCUGAAGCUGAGAGGUGUUUCUCGACCUUAAAGAGAAUCAAGACAUUCCUGCGAAACUCAAUGGGACAGGAUCGUCUCAAUGCUCUGGCCAUGCUUUCCAUGGAGAGGGAACUAGUCAGGAACAUGCCUGAUUUUAAUGAGAGGGUCACUGAUCACUUUGCUGCUUUGAAAGAGAGACGAGCAAAAUUUCAAUACAAGUGA